CCGAUUAGAGGUAUCAAAACACGAAAGAUUACAGACAAAACAAACAGCAGAAUUAUUUUACCAGACGCAUUCUCAACAAUCAAAACACGCCCAGCUCCACUCUCUGAUUCUCCAUAAGGUGUACAGAAGGAGGAUGCAGUAGGAUAACUAUGAUUGACUGAGGAUUAGUACGACUACUUGAUACCUGUGUAUCUAGUGAGGAUGAAUGAAGCAGCGGAGAUCACAGUCAUAGUACUUAAUGCUAAAGGUUUACAGAGCAGAAGGCCAGGAAAAUGUAAAUUCUCAGUUAUUUUUGGAGUGGGAUCAAAAAAGUACAGAACAGCGGUAGUCAAAGAUCCGGAUGGAAAUCCAGAGUGGAGUGAGGAAUCCACAAUACAAGUUUCAAAUCCUUUGGAUCAGAUUUUCUUUAUUGUGACUGAGAAAGAUGAUAUUCUGGGUCAGGUUCAUGUGCCAAUCACUAGUCUUCAGGGACCACCUGGACACACAACCUUAGUGUCCCUUCAACCCCACAAAAAGUGCCCCAACCCCAAGGGGGAGCUGACAUAUCGGUGCUAUGUUUCCCAGUAUAGGGAGGCCCACGCUCCUGUCAUCAAAACAGGAAGUCCUAACAGGUUCCAGUCAAACUCGGCCACUCUUUCCUUCAAAAAAAGAUUCAGCCUUGCCAAUUCACCCGUCAUUAACCUAAAGAACAAAAAAGACAGCAAGCAAAGUGGUGGAUCAAAGUUAUCUACACUAAAUAAAAAAUUCUCACGGUCAAUUCAGGAUAUUUUUAGUUUUGGAAAAUCCCAUCAAGAUGAAGAAAACGAGAAACCCUUAAAACCAAGAGCACUUACUCACAUGAGUAUAGGGACAGGAAUGGAGUCUGCUGGCAGGUGCCCUAUAAUCACCUCAGUGACACCAUCAUUUGGUUUGAUUGAGGGAGGCACCAAAGUGACAAUAGAGGGAAAAUACCUUGGUCUUAGCAAAGCUGACAUAUUAGAUCUGAACAUAUGUGAAUGUGAGUGUGUAGAUUCUGUGAUAUGGGAAUCAUCCAAUAGGAUUCAUUGUACCACCAAGCCAUCUCUAGCAGGACUGGGAGAUGUUGAGAUUGAGACAGAGUCUGGUGGCAUUGGGUGCCUUAGACAAGCCUAUGAAUAUGUGGAGGAGUUGCCCUCAGGGGAGGAACCAGUGUUUGAGGAGGAGGAAGAAGUUGAUGGCAGGAGGUCAGCAAGUUUUACAAUCGGAACCUUCAGUGCCUCCUCAUCUCCGCAGACACCAAAAAAAACUGUACAGGUAAUAUUACCACAAGCAGAGGGUACAGAAAAAGUGAAUGGGGAGCUGGAGGGAAACAAAAAUAAUUUCAAGAAGCACAAACGAAGAGCCAGUGAAGGUUUUAUCUUAACUUCGUCUAAAAACAAAAAUGGAGAACCAAGUCCAGAGCAGGGGCCUUCAAAGGAACAUCUGCUAUAUCAGAUAGAGAAACUCAGACUAGAAAAUAUUGCACUUCGUCAGGAGAACAAAGAUAUGAAGUCUUAUAUUGAUCGUUUACUCCCCAAAGUCAUCGAGAAUUGUCCCGAGGCUCUAGAGGCUGAGCGCUACCUCAACAAGAUAGGCUGACAACAUCUGAUCUAUAUAAAUGAGUAAUGUGAAAAACCAGAAACUGCAAAUAUUCAAAAAAAAAGUGUAGAAACUUACAAUCACCAAGAAUCUUGUUUACAGAUAGAGUAAAACUACUUACAUGUGAUGUAGAUCCAAAAGACUUUGGAUCAAAAUUAGUAGUAAAAUUUGCAAUGCAUCACUGAGUCAAUUUUUAGCUCACCUGAGCCGAAGGCUCAAGUGGCUUUUCUGAUCACAAACAAAAUUUUGUCCAGCGUCCAUCUAUCUGUAAACUUUUCACAUUUUUGACAUCUUCUCAAGAACCACCAGGCCAGUUUGAACCAAACAUGCCACACGGGAAUACCCCCACACGGUAUCCUUAAGUAAAGGGAAUUCAUAUUUGUUCAAAUGAAGGGCCACGCCUUUUUCCUAGCAGAGAUAAUUAUGAGUAAGUGAAAAAUAAAUGGCAUCUUUCAAAAAUCUUCUUCUCAAGAACCAUUGGGUUAGAAAAUGUGAAACUUACGUGGAAUCAUCCUCAGUUAGUGUAGUGAAGAUUCUCGUUUUUCAGAAGAUGACCCCCAAGGUAGGGUGGGGCCACAAUGGGGGAUCAAAGUUUUACAUAGGAAUACAUAGAAAAAUCUUCUUCUCAAGAACAGCUAAGCCAUGAUUGGUCAUAUUUCUAUGGAAGCAUCCUCAGGUAGUGUAGAAUCAAGUUUGUUCAGGGGAUAGGGUGGGGCUACAAUGGGUGAUCAAAGUUUAACAUAGGAAUACAUAGGAAAAAUCUUUAAAAAUCUGCUCAAGAACAGCAAAGCCAUGUUGAGUCACAUUGAUAUGGAAGCAUCCUCAGGUAGUGUAGAUUCAAGUUUGGUCAAAUGAUAAUCCACAGGGGUAGGGAUGGGCCACAAUACGGGAUCAAAAGUUUACAUAGGAAUACAUAUGAAAAAUCUUUAAAAAUCUUUUUCUCAAGAACAGCAAAGCUAUGAUUAUUCAUAUUAAUAUAGAAGCAUCCUCAGGUAUUGUAGGUUCAAAUUUGUUCAAAUCAUGACCCCCAGGCCACAACAAGGGAUCAAAGUCAUACAAAGGAAUAUGUAUAAAGAAUUUAUCAAUAAAUAUUUUCUUAACAAUAACAGCAAGACCAUAAUUAGUCAUAUUAAUUCAGAAACAUCUUUAGGUAGUAUAGAUUCAAGUGUGUUCAACUCAUAUCUCCGGGGGUAGGGCAAGGCCACAAUAGAAGGUCAAUUGUAAAGAAAAAAUUCUUGAAAAAUCCACUUAAGCCAUGAUUAGUCAAAGAAAUAUGGAAGUAUCUUUAGGUAGUGUAGAUUCAAGUUUGUUCAAAUCCCCCCCCCCCUCCCCACCACCACUUAUAUAGUUAAACGUUUUAAUACUAAACUGAUUUCUGCUUUUUCCUAGCCAAAGUGCUCGGGUGAGUGAUGUGGCUCACAGGCCUCUUGUUUAACAUCAGUUUAUUAUGCUUUGAAAUAUAUCUUUAUGUGAUUAUUCAUGUAUAUUUUAUAAGUUUAUGGUGUUUUUAUAAUGAAAUGUGUGAGUAUUCUGACAGGCAUUGAGAUGAUCAAUUAGGGUAACCGGUAUGUGGUGUUAUGUGGUGUGAGAAAAUUGUGAUAUUUGAAUCAUGUUUUGAGAUAUUGUGUAAAGUGUCAUUUAUGAACUUGAUAAUGUCAGAGGGUGGUUUGAAUAAUUUAGCCCCUGGUCUUUGUAAAGUACAUUUAUAUGUUAGAAUGUUUCUACAAAGUAUUUAUCAUUUUAUGAUGUGUAUAUUUUUUUAACCAUCCACAUAUGCAACAGAUGCAAAAAAGUUUAUAAUAUCCAAGUGUUCUUAGUUUGGAAAUCUCAGAACCUUAAUUUGCAACUAUUUAUGGAACAAGAUCUGAAAUUCUUUUUUUUUUUUUUUUUUUAACUUUUCUUAAAGUGGUUGUGAAGUUUUAUUUACACCUUAAAAGUGUAAAGCCAUUGUCCUUCAGGGUUAUGUAUUUUAAGCUUAGAAUUUUUUAAAUGAUUGGGAAAACCUUCUUCCUACGAAUAUUAUGUGUCUCCUUAUAAAGACAAAUUCUUAACUAGUGCUAUGCAACAAGUAACAGUACUAUAAUAUGUAAAAGAUCUGAUUUUUUAAAUUGUAAACAUAUCAGCUGUUCCACUUUUGUUUAACAUUUAUAACCAUGCUUUUGCAUGUCACAUAUCCAUAUUUAUCAUGUAGCUUCAAGCAUUAAGUACCAUCUAAUGAAAUAAGUGCAAACUUUUUUUUUUUAAUUCAUAUUGAACUGAAAGAUACUUUAGAGGCUGUUUUAAUGAUUGUUUUGUCAGAAAUUCAAAUUGUUUCCAGAAAAUGUUUUAGUCUUUUGAGCGUAUUAUUUUUACUGUAAAAGGAAAAUAAUUCAUUUCUUGUGGAUUUUGUAUUUCAAGUAAAACACUGUCUUGUAGAUUUUAAUUAGAUUAAAAAAAAAUAACUGUGAUUAAGGUUGUGAACUGUUACCAUGGUUAUCUUUGUCUGUUGACAAAAUAAAAUCUUGUUAUACCAA